CACAGGCCACCCACCAUGUCCACCUUGCUGGAGAUCAAGAGCAGCGUGCUCAGGCAGGUGCAGGUGUGCCCGUCCUUCCGCCGGAGGACUGAGGAGGAGCCGGCGAGCAGCAGCACCGAAGUGCAGGAGCCCGCGGCUGGGGCCUGGAAACCCGGAGAUGGUGUGGAGUUCUUCGCCCAGAUGCGCCUCAUCCUGAAGAAGGGGGAAAGCAGACAGGGCCUGCCGUGCCCCGAGGUCCUCCUGCGCAGUAGCUCCCCAGCCCCCACAGAGCCCGUGGACCCCAGCCGUGGCCUUAGAGCCCUGACCCAAGAGGAGGUGGAGAUGCUCUAUGAGGAAGCCUUGUACACAGUCCUUUACCGCGCAGGGACCAUGGGCCCCGACCAGGUGGAUGACCAGGGGGCCCUACUGAGCUACCUGCAGCAGGUGUUCGGCAGCAGCCCCGAGGAACAUGCUGAGGCUGUGGAGCGUGUGAAGAAGGCCAAGGCUCCCACAUAUGCCCUGAAAGUCUCCGUCAUGCGUGCCAAGAACCUGCUGGCCAAAGACCCCAACGGUUUCAGUGACCCGUACUGCAUGUUGGGCAUCCUGCCGGCCUCAGGCACCCUGAGGGAGCCGGGCACACACAAGGAGCAGCGCUUCAGCUUCCGCAAGGGCAGCAAGCGUGGUGGCCCACUGCCGGCCAAGUGCAUCCAGGUCACCGAGGUCAAGAGCAGCACCCUGAACCCCGUGUGGAAAGAGCACUUCCUCUUUGAGAUUGAGGAUGUCAGCACCGACCAGCUGCACCUGGACAUCUGGGAUCAUGAUGAUGACGUGUCCCUGGUGGAAGCAUGCAGGAAGCUGAAUGAAGUCAUUGGCCUAAAGGGCAUGAGCAGGUAUUUCAAACAGAUUGUCAAGUCUGCCCGCGCAAAUGGGACAGCAGGGCCCACGGAGGACCACACCGAUGACUUCCUGGGGUGCCUCAACAUACCCAUCCGCGAGGUGCCCGUGGCUGGUGAGGACCGCUGGUUCAAACUGGAACCGCGCUCCAGCGCCUCCCGCGUGCAGGGGGACUGCCAGCUGGUCCUCAAGCUGAUCACCACACAGAGGGACACGAGCAUGAGCCAGCGCGGGCGCUCGGGCUUCCUGUCCUACCUGCUGCUGCUCAGCCGUCUGCUGCAGUUCGAGCACCAAGCCGAGGAGCCCAACUCGAGCAGCUGGCGCGGUGAGCUCAGCGGGCCUGCGGCCACCGUGCUCUGCCUGCACGGCGCGCAGAGUAACCUGUCGGCGCUGCAGCUGGCUGUGCUGCACUGGCAGGUCAGCAGCCGCCACCAUCAGACCCGCACCCUGGACUACGGCUACCUGCUGGGGCUGUUGGAAGAUAUGCAGGCACACUGGGAAGAGGCGGCCUCGCUGCCCCAGGAGCAGGAGGAGGGACUGGCAGACAGCUUCUCCGCCUUCUCUGAGUUUGGGCUUCGGUUGCUGCGCCAUCUCCGAGACUACUUCCCUGCCACCAACAGCACAGCUGUCUACCGCCUGGAGCUGCUGUUGAAGUGUCUUGGCAAGCUGCAGCUCUUCCAGCCUUCCUUUGAGAUCUGCCCCUUCGAGACGGAGCUAAACAUGGACAUUGCUGCUGCCCUGAAGAGAGGGAAUCGUGAAUGGUUCGACAAGCUCCUGAACUCCCAGAGUCCUCGUGAGCAGCCGGGGCCACAGCGCCUUGCAGGGCUGGUCAAGCUGGCUGACACUGUCUACGAGGAUCUGCAGUCCUGCUAUGGCAUCUAUGCCAGCCUCUUCCACAGCAUCAUCAAGAUCGACUUCUUCACCCUCACCUUUCGGCAGCUGGAGCGUCUGGUGGCUGAAGAGGCGUGGGUGCUGACGGAGGAGCUGAGCCCGAAGAUGACCCUCGAGGUGGCCUCGGGGCUUUUUGAGCUCUACCUGACCCUGGCAGACAUCCAGCGCUUCUGGGGCAGCAUCCCGGGCCGGGACAGCCGCUCCCUUGCCCUGGCUGGCAUCCAUGCCCCAUUCCUGCCUGCUGUGAAGCUUUGGCUGCAGGUGCUGCGGGACCAAGCAAAGUGGAGGCUUCAGGGAGCCGUGGAUGUGGACACGCUGGAGCCCAUGGAUUCCUCCUCCAAGCACAGCAGCUCCGCAGCCACUGCAAGCCUCUGCUUCAGCCACAUCCAGGAGCUGUGGGCCCGCCUGGCAUGGCCAGACCCUGCCCAGGCCCAGGGGCUGGGCACCCAGCUUAGCCAGGACCUGUGUGAAGCCGCCCUCUUCUACACAGAGCUGCUGCGGAAGAAGGUGGACACUCAGCCUGGGGCAGCGGGCGAGGCAGUGAGCGAGCCACUCUGCGUGGUCCUCAACGAUGUGGAGCUCCUGCGCAAGGCUGCUGGCCAGGCGCUGCGUGGCCUGGCAUGGCCGGAGGGGGCUCCAGGGCUCGAGGGUGCGCUCCCGCGCCCCCUGCUUAGCUGCAUGCAGGCUCUGGAUGAGGACCUGCAGCGGGAGGCCCGAACCGUGACGGCACACCUGACCUCCAAGAUGGUGGGUGACAUCAGGAAGUACGUGCAGCACAUCAGCCUCUCGCCUGACUCCAUCCAGAACGAGGAGGCCGUGGCCCCGCUCCUGAAGUACCUGGAUGAGAAGCUGGCUCUGCUGAACGCCUCGCUGGUGAAGGAGAACCUGAGCAGGGUGCUGGAGGCCCUCUGGGAGCUGCUGCUACAGGCUAUUCUGCAGGCUCUGGGCGCAAACCGUGACGUGUCUGCCGACUUCUAUGGGCGCUUCCACUUCACGCUGGAGGCCCUGGUCAAUUUUUUCCACGCUGAGGGCCAGGGUUUGCCCCUGGAGAGCCUGAGGGAUGGAAGCUACAAGAGGCUGGAGGAGGAGCUGCGCCUGCACCAGUGCUCCACCCGGGAGUGCAUCGAGCAGUACUACUUGGACAAGCUCAAACAGAGGUCCCUGGAGCACAACCGGUUUGGGCGCCUGAGCGUCCGCUGCCACUACGAGGCGGCCGAACAGCGGCUGGUGGUGGAGGUGCUGCACGCCGCCGACCUGCUCCCCCUGGACGCCAACGGCCUGAGCGACCCCUUUGUGAUCGUGGAGCUGGGCCCGCCGCACCUUUUCCCUCUGGUCCGCAGUCAGAGGACCCAGGUCAAGAGCCGGACGCUGCACCCCGUGUACGACGAGCUCUUCUACUUCUCCGUGCCCGCAGAGGCCUGCCGCCGCCGGGGCGCCUGCGUGCUGUUCACCGUCAUGGACCACGACUGGCUGUCCACCAACGACUUCGCGGGGGAGGCAGCCCUGGGCCUGGGCAGCAUUGGCGGCGUCGCGAGGCCCCAGGUGGGAGGGAGCGCGAGGGCCGGGCAGCCGGUCACCCUGCACCUGCGCCGGCCCAGAGCCCAGGUGAGAUCGGCGCUUAGAAUGCUGGAGGGCCGCAACAACAAGGAGGCGCAGGAGUUUGUCAAGAGACUCAAGGAGCUGGAGAAGUACAUGGAGGCAGACCCCUGAGCCCCUGCGGCCGCCAGCCAGGCCCUCCCCAAGUCCCCGUGUUGUUCUCUCGCUGUGGUCAGCUUUGUGCAGCCGGGCUCAUGGUGCCCCUUCCCCUGCUUCAUGGUGUGUAUGCUGUGGCUGGACUCCCUGGGUUCCCUUUUGCCCUGGUCAUGUCUCUGUGGUGUGUGCCGUGAAGCCCCUGUGCCCAGUAAGCCCCACCCCACUGGAUCCAGACGGCCGACUGGGCGAGGCCUGGCCAGCAGCUGCCCCCCCACCCUGGAGCAGAGAGAGCAGGCCUGGCCGCCAGCUUCAUUGGGAGGGCUCUGAGGCAGGACCCAGAGCAAGGCCGGGUUAGAAGCACAGAGAGAAAACCCAGAGUCCAGUCCUGCUGGCAGCUGCAGGGGCUGAGGCCACCAGGCCUGUGUGUGUUCCCGCAAGUUCCACUGCCAUCUCUAGAUGUCCUCAUCACUCCGCCUCGGAAAAUAUACAUGUCUGCAGUGUUCAGUCUCUCUGCCGUUUCCUGAUUCCUUUCCAAAUCUCUGUGGGGACCCUGGUCUCUGUCUCUUCAGGGCUGCUGCUGCCGCCUCCCCCAUCUUUGGGGUCAGGCCCAAGUUCCUCAGACUCCUCCUCGGUGUCACUGUCAGCCCUGUCUCUG